AUGCGGCCUGCGACCCUCCGGGCGCCCCUGGCGCGCCGCAGGCCACCCGUCCCACUCCAGGUCGCGCGGGGCCUCGCGGCGCACUCCCCGCCGGGCGCGCGGCGCCUGUCGACGCGGUCCCUGCCCGACUACAACACGCCGGUCGACGUGGCGAACAUCCGCCUGUCGAAGCCGAAGCGGCCGCCGCCGACGAAGCGGCGCAAGGCGGCGGACGGCGAGUGGCAGGGGCUCAAGGACCUGCGCGCGCGGCUCAAGGCCGAGGGGUCCAUGGUCGACCAGACGCUAAUAGACAUGGAGUCGGACGCCGACUUCCAGCGGACUCUGAAGGCCUACGAGGAGAAGGGCGCGGCGAAGCUGACCCUGGAGGAGAAGAAGGAGCGGCGGCGCCAGCUGGACGCGCUGGGCGUGCCCGACUUCUUCGACUUCCUCGGCCGGGAGCUCGAGGAACCCUCGAAGGCGCGGAAGCGCUGCGAGGUCUUCCAGCUCAACGUGGGCCUCUACUGCAACCAGGCCUGCGCCCACUGCCACGUCGAGAGCUCGCCGAAGCGCUUCGAGGCCAUGUCCGAGGCCGUCGCGGAGAGGUGCGUCGAGAUCCUCGCCGCGUCGCCGUCGGUGCACACGCUCGACAUCACCGGCGGCGCCCCGGAACUCAACCCCCAGUUCCGGGCCAUCGUCGAGGGCGCGCGGAGGGCCGUGGGCGACCGCGUCGACAUCAUCGACCGCUGCAACCUGACCGUGCUCACGGAGCCGGGCCAGGAGGAUUUGGCGGACUUUUUAGCGCACCACGGCGUCCGCGUCGUCGCGUCGCUGCCCUGCUACUCGUCGAAGAACGUGAACCAGCAGCGGGGCCGCGGCGUCUUCGGCCGGUCCAUCGAGGGCCUGCGCGUCCUCAACGAGGCGGGCUACGGCGCCGAGGGCUCCGACCUCCGCAUGGACCUCGUCUACAACCCGCUCGGCGCGUUCCUGCCGCCGCCGCAGGAGGCGCUCGAGGCCAAGUACCGCGAGGAGCUCAAGCGCGAGUUCGGCGUCGACUUCGACGAGCUCUUCACGAUGACGAACAUGCCCAUCAAGCGCUUCGCCGACUUUCUGAGCCGAAGGGGCGAGCUCAAGGACUAUUUGGACCUCCUCGUGCGCAACUUCAACCCGGACACCGUCGACACGCUCAUGUGCCGCAACACGCUCUCCGUGUCCUGGGACGGCUCCGUCUACGACUGCGACUUCAACCAGCAGCUCGGCAACCCGCUCGCGCUCCAGGACGCGCCCCUCGCGUCCGUCUUCGACUUCCGCUCGACGGACGAGUUCCUCGGAAGCGACAUCCGCUUCGACAACCACUGCUUCGGCUGCACCGCCGGCAUGGGCUCCUCCUGACAGGGCACCACCGCC